AUGUCAAGAAUGAACAAGACUUACCUCGGAGGCUACAGUCAGGUUUGCGCAUCCCAAACCCUUAUUCUCGGAGUCUCUCAUCAGAACCAAACUCCCCGCUGGCCAUACGAAAACCCUAGAUCCUCCUUCAACUCGUAUCUCUCAGAUUUCAAGAUGGUGUCUGACGCGAGUAAGAAGAAGGCAGCUCAGAAGAAGGCUGCUGCCGCCGCUAAGAGAGGAAGCAAGGCUGCCGCAGCGGCGGCCUCAUCAAAGGCUGCCGCCGCUGAAAAUGGCAGCAAAGCCGAUAGUUUGGCCAGUGGGGUCGCCGAUCUCCAUAUAUCUGAUCGGACGUGCACAGGAGUUCUCUGCUCGCAUCCGCUUUCAAGAGAUAUUCGGAUAGAAUCACUUUCACUCACUUUCCAUGGUCAUGAUCUAAUUGUGGACUCUGAACUGGAACUUAAUUACGGCAGACGUUAUGGUUUGCUUGGGUUAAAUGGAUGCGGGAAGUCCACACUUCUUUCAGCAAUCGGUUGUCGAGAGCUUCCUAUCCCCGAACACAUGGAUAUUUAUCACCUGACUAGAGAGAUUGAAGCAUCUGACAUGUCUUCACUUGAGGCUGUAAUAAGUUGUGAUGAGGAGAGGCUGAAACUGGAGAAAGAAGCCGAAGCUUUGGCUGGACAGGAUGAUGGAGGCGGUGAAGCUCUCGAGCGUAUUUAUGAACGUCUCGACGCAUUGGAUGCAUCGACUGCUGAGAAACGAGCUGCUGAGAUCUUAUUCGGUCUCGGCUUUAACAAAAAAAUGCAAGAAAAGAAAACACGUGACUUCUCUGGUGGGUGGAGGAUGAGGAUUGCUCUGGCAAGAGCUCUUUUCAUGAACCCUACUAUAUUGUUGCUUGAUGAACCUACUAAUCAUCUUGAUCUGGAAGCUUGCGUCUGGCUAGAGGAGAUGUUGAAAAAAUUUGACCGCAUCCUAGUAGUAGUCUCCCACUCCCAGGACUUCCUCAACGGCGUCUGCACCAACAUAAUCCACAUGCAGAGCAAGCAGCUGAAGCUGUACACCGGUAAUUUCGACCAAUACGUCCAGACGCGCGCAGAACUCGAGGAGAAUCAGAUGAAGCAAUACAAAUGGGAGCAGGAGCAAAUCGCCUCCAUGAAAGAAUACAUCGCGCGCUUUGGCCACGGCUCUGCCAAGCUGGCGCGCCAGGCCCAGAGCAAAGAAAAAACCCUCGCCAAGAUGGAGCGCGGUGGCCUCACCGAAAAAGUCGUUCGCGACAAAGUCCUCGUUUUCCGUUUCGUGGACGUCGGCAAGCUUCCCCCACCCGUUCUCCAGUUUGUAGAGGUAACAUUCGGCUACACCCCCGACAAUUUAAUAUACAAAAACCUCGACUUUGGCGUGGACCUCGACUCGCGUGUGGCCCUCGUUGGCCCCAAUGGUGCCGGAAAGAGUACUCUCCUGAAGCUGAUGACAGGGGAUUUGGUUCCGUUAGACGGCAUGGUGAGGCGGCACAAUCACCUGAGGAUUGCGCAGUUUCACCAGCAUUUGGCGGAGAAGCUUGACAUGGACAUGUCUGCCCUUCAGUUCAUGCUGAAGGAGUACCCAGGGAAUGAAGAGGAGAAGAUGCGGGCUGCUGUGGGCAGAUUUGGGCUUACGGGUAAGGCCCAAGUGAUGCCGAUGAGGAAUUUGUCGGAUGGGCAGAGGAGUAGAGUGAUAUUUGCGUGGCUGGCGUGGAGGCAGCCACACAUGCUGCUGCUGGAUGAGCCGACUAACCAUUUGGAUAUCGAGACGAUUGAUUCCUUGGCUGAGGCGCUUAAUGAGUGGGAUGGGGGUUUGGUGCUCGUUAGCCAUGAUUUUAGGCUGAUAAACCAGGUGGCGCAUGAGAUAUGGGUUUGUGAGAAUCAGGCGGUGACGAGGUGGGAAGGUGAUAUUAUGGACUUUAAGGAGCAUCUCAAGGCGAAGGCUGGCUUGGCUUGAAUUUUUCUGUUUUAGAUGUGUGUGGUGUGACUGCCAGGUUCCGUUAUCGCUUCCUCUGACUGCCAGGAUCAUACAUAUACUGUGAGGUGUAGGAACUGAAUGGCGGUUUUAUGUGGGGGCUGUUUGUUAACAGUCAGGUAAUAUUUGGGGGGACUUUGGGCCUUGAGGGGCGGAGUCCUAUGUGAGGGGUUUAUUUGAGAGAUUUGUUUUAUCUGAUAUUUGCUCAAACUCUAUAAGAUAGAUAUUUUUUUUUUGUUUGGUGGGACUUUGUGAUCUAAUGAGGUCACGCAUCUAUAUGAACAAUUUGCUUUUGAGUGGUGCUUUUAUAUUGGAAUUAUUUCUUCUGUGGUUACAUUGGCAGCAUGCUUCCACUUGAGAUAAGAUUAUGAUAUUCUGCUUGGGAAUUGAUUAAAUAAAAGUUACGCUUGCGCUUAUCGUUAGCUCAACACGGUACGAGGGCUUAGAUAAGUCCAGGAGGAGGUUCCAUUGAAGCCAAAAAUUUCCAUCCACUUAUUUUAAUGCAUUU